AUGUUCCGGGCGGCCAUCCUCGCGGCCACUUGGCAUCUGGAUGAGAUGCUAGGUGAGUGGGACGCCAGCCCUCAGGAGGGGGCUAGGCAACUGGUGGGCAUCGUGACGUCGGCCUGUGACGUCGCGAUGCUCAGGUCCCACCCCCGUCGGCGCCGGGCCGCCUAUUGGUGGACGGCGGCCAUCGCAGAACUGCGAGAGGCCGCCGCCCAGGCCAGACGGGUGUACACCCGGGCCCGGCGAAACGACGGGAAGGCUGCGAGCGAAAAGGAGAGCUAUCGCCAGGCGCGAAAUGCCCUGAAGGCCGCCAUAGCUGAAGCGAAGGCGGGGGCCUGGGAGCAAUUGGUGAGCUCCCUGGACGAAGACCCGUGGGGGCGCCCCUAUAAGCGGACGGUCGGGAAGAUACGUUCGUGGGCGCCCCCGCCAACGGAGUCGCUAGACCCCCAGGACCCGGAGGAGCUCCUCAGUACCCUCUUCCCGAGGGUGGAGGGGGGCCUCCCGCAGAUUCCUGCCCCACGGGAAGGGGAGUGGACCGAGGACCUGGGAGUCAGUCCGGAGGAGCUCGCCAGCGCUAGGAAAAGGCUGGGGAGUAGAGGCAAAGCCCCUGGCCCCCACGGCAUUCCUGGCUACGCCUGGGCUCUCGCCCUCGACGAUCGGAACAUGUCUGAAGCCACGAGGAGUGUGUUGAACUGGUGCCUCACGGACGGGGUCUUCCCCCCAGAGUGGAGGAGGGUCAAAUUGGUCCUCCUCCCGAAGCAUUUGUCCUCAAAUGGGCCGGACCUCCAUGACAGACAAUACGGGUUCAGGCCCGGACGAUCGACGCUGGACGCGAUUCAGCACGUCCGGGACCUGACCUGUGCCGUCGUGGAGGAGAGGGGCGGGGUAUUGUUGGCGAUAUCCUUGGAUGUAACCAACGCUUUCAACACCCUGCCAUGGUCAGAGAUCGGGCGGGCGCUUGAGCAUCAUCGAAUGCCUGCCUAUCUCCGGCGCAUCCUCGCGGCCUAUUUUGAGGACAGGGACCUCGCCUACCCAGUUCAACGUGGGGUCCAGGGUCGGCGGCUGAUGGAACGCAGUGUCCCGCAGGGGUCUGUCUUGGGCCCUCUGCUAUGGGACAUCGCGUUCGACAGGGUGGUGGGCACAAUUAGUGACCUGGGUCUAAAGGUGGCGCCCCACAAGACGGAGGCCAUCUUCUUUCACGACUGCAGCCGUGGAGCGCCGCCGGAGACCCGGGUCUUGGUGGACGGAGUCCGCGUCCACGUCGGGCCCACGAUAAAGUAUCUGGGCCUGACGUUGGACGGCCGGUAG